AUGCGUGCCACUUUCGCUCUGCGCAACGUCGCCCGGACUCCCCUCAUCCGCUUUGUGGGCAAGCGGACUGUCCCUCAGUCUGUGGACCACACUCCUCGAGUUCACCCUGCCUCUCCCUCGGGCAUUUUGCCUGACUCCUUCGCCGCCUACCGUGUGAAGGCUCAGCAGCACGGCCCCCUCGGGCGCGCCUCGUUCAACAGCACGAUCGGGGGCCACUCUGGCCACUCUCUGGGCCCGGUCCAGGCGAAGGCUGGUGAAUUUUUCGACCGCGCUGAGCUGCCCUCGCGCUUCGGUCGCCUGCCGUGGUCCGAGGCGGAGAUUGAGGCUGUCGAGACGGGCGGUGCCAGCAUGUUCGCAUAA